AUGGUGACCUUCAAGGAUGUGGCUGUGGACUUCACCCAGGAGGAAUGGGGCCUCUUGGAGCCCUCUCAGAAGGAGCUGUACAAGCAGGUCAUGGUGGAGAAUGCCAAGAACCUGCUAUCCCUGGGGUUUCUAGGUCCCAGAGAAGAGGUGAUCUCUUAUUUUGAGCAAAGGGAAGCACCCUGGAUGCUGGACCCAGAAGGCCUGAAAAGCUGCUCUCCAGAGGGAGAGCUCAGACUUGAAAUGAAGGAAACUACUGCAAAAUUAAGCCUUUCUGUGGUAGAAAGUCACAAGCAAAGAUUCAUGAGUGACAGUCCUUAUGACUUCACUUGGAAAGAAAUCUGUGCAACACUUAAGAGAAUCCAAAUCCAUACUGGAGAGAAACCUUAUAUAUGUAACCAGUGUGGAAAGGCUUUUAGACAAAGGAGUGCUCUUAGUGGACAUCAGAGUAUUCACACUGGAGAAAAACCUUAUCAAUGUAACCAGUGUGGAAAGGCUUUUAGACAAAAGACGUCUCUUAUUGGACAUCAGAGUAUCCACACUGGAGAGCAACCUUAUGAAUGUAACCAAUGUGGGAAGGCUUUGAAAGGAAGAAGAAAUCUUAUAAUACAUCAGAAAAUCCACACUGGAGAGAAACCUUAUGAAUGUAACCAGUGUGGGAAGGCUUUUAGAGAAAAGGGUGAGCUUAAUGUACAUCAGAGAAUUCACACUGGAGAGAAUCUU